GUAGACGGAUCACUGCUGCUGAAACUCGUGACCAAACCAAACACGGAACUGAAAGCAUCCGUCCAAACUUUUGAACUUUCCCAUAAUUUCAAAACGUCCUUCAUGUUUUCUUGUUAUUUUUAGGUGUAUUAAGAUGUAUUUAUCCAGAGCUUGCAUAGCCAGCAGUUAGACUGUAAAACCAGAUUGACCAAAAACACAACGCGGACCACCCACGCAUUCAUCACUGUCACGGAAAUCAGGCAAAUACGUAACCAAGGAGGAAACGCAUUGAUCAAUUUGAGAUUAUCUUCACAAGAAAACGACUGCAAACAUAUCAAAGGCAAUGGCAAGCGCACCUCCAAUGGAGACAGCAGCACUUGUGGGUCAACCACUACCACCAUCAUAUGAAGAGACAAUAGGUACAAACCCACAUUACCCACCAGGAGGACCAAUGGCCUAUCCUCCCACUGAUUCAAAGGUCUAUCAGCCUCAAUAUCCUCCACAAGGCUAUGGACAGAUGUAUCCACCACCCCCACAACCUCAACCGGUCAAUCCUCCUGUUGUGUCAGUUCAGACUGUGUAUGUUCAGCCUGGUGCGGUGUUCAGAGAAUCUCCUGCGCAGGUACUUUGUCCGGUAUGCUCACAGACUGUGAUAACUCAACUGGAGUACACAUCAGGUGCAUUAGCCUGGCUCUCUUGUGUAGGCCUGGCCGUUUUCGGGUGUAUUUAUGGGUGUUGCCUGAUUCCCUUCUGUGUGGACGGUUUGAAGGACGUAACGCACCGCUGUCCAAACUGCAAGAAAACUUUAGGAGUCUUCAAAAGACUCUAAACCAUUUGAUGAGCAGUUAUGUAACACAUCUGUCAGUGUGUUGUGUCCUGCUGCCAACAUACAUACAUCAUACAGUAUACUUAUAUAUACAAGUAUGCAUCUUCUCUGUAAAAAAACUGACUGAUUUCAUAAAAAAACUGAAAAUCAAUGAUUUAUUCAAUUAUCUAUUGGUGAUGAGAUUUUUGUUAGAGGGCAUAUUAGUUACUGUGAAGUAAAGUCAAAAAAGCAUAUCUUUAUUCUGUUACCUGAUUUGAGAUAAAACAAAUACUACAUAUACACGCAUUCCCAGAUAAAACACCAGUAUGCAUAUUUCAUAUAGGUUCUGCAAUCUGUUUGCUUUACAAAAAGCAACUAGUUGUUUGACAUUGUCAUAAUUUAAAUAAACAAAUACACAAACAAAAAAUAAGAUUCAUGGCAAAGUUUGCUGGAGAUCCUCCACUUCAUAGAUCCAGUUUUUCCUGUGAAUCGUUGCGUUUUCAGAAAGAUCUGCCAUCUUGACAGCACGUAGCACUGGUUCUGGACUAUGAGACUGAAUGACCCCCAUAACCAUUACAUAUUUACCUGGGGACAAAAUUUAAAAGUUUAUAAACCAAUGCAAAUAUAUCUGUGUUUUAUCUCAAUAUUAACAAUUUAGGGUUAAUAAAAGAAAUUUAAUCUUUAGAAAAAAUAGUUGAAACUAAAUAUUUAUAUUAAAUGUUUCUAUUCUUAUACAUGUUAUGUUAUGGCUGUAUUGUUUCAACUAUUGUUACAUUUAGUCAAUACAGUUUAAAACCA